UUUAAAUAGGCCUGUGUAAAUAUUGUAUCUGCGAACGAACACAUGAAUCAUACACCAAGUACUAUUUAAGCGCGUUGCCGCCUGACGGAGGAUUUCAACUUCGGCACAAAACACAACGCGUGCGUAAAAACUUGGAAAGAGGAAACGGAGCGCGGCUUCGGCUGCUCCUCGGUUCCGACAGUUUGUGGGAUUGCCCUGCGUUUCUUUUCUGCACGAUCUAAAUAUAAGUCGGUGACAAAUAUUCCAAAUACAGUAGCAACCCAACUGUGAUGUGGGGGUGGUGCCGAGAGAACGGCGUCGUCUCCAAAGUCCCCUCUGUUGGAUCCGGAGCGCGCGGGAGAAGGUCGCAGAGUCUCAUCUCCACCUGCGCGAGGCUUUUUCCUCUUUGAUCAUGAAGAGACAGAACGCCCGGACCCUCGCGCUCAUCGUCAGCAUCCUCACCUACCUGGUGGUCGGAGCGGCCGUGUUCGAGACCCUGGAGUCGAAGCAGGAGAAAAGUCACAAGAGGAAGCUCGACGCCAGAAAGUACGAGCUCCUGCGCAAAUACAACUUGACCAAAGAGAACUUCGAGGAGCUGGAGUACGUGGUUUUGCAGCUCAAGCCGCACAAAGCCGGGGUCCAGUGGAAAUUCUCGGGCUCCUUUUACUUCGCCAUCACUGUGAUCACGACCAUAGGUUACGGGCACGCGGCGCCCAGCACCGACUCAGGGAAAGUGUUCUGCAUGUUCUACGCCCUCCUGGGGAUUCCUCUCACCCUGGUCAUGUUCCAGAGCCUGGGCGAGCGCAUCAACACGCUCGUCAGGUACCUGCUUCAUCAAGCCAAGAGGUGCCUGGGGAUGCGUCGGGCCGAGGUCUCCAUGGCCAACAUGGUGACGGUGGGCUUCUUCUCCUGCAUGAGCACCCUGUGCGUGGGGGCCGCCGCGUUCUCCUACAGCGAGGGCUGGAGCUUCCUCCACGCCUUCUACUACUGCUUCAUCACCCUCACCACCAUCGGCUUCGGGGACUACGUGGCGCUGCAGAAGGACGACGCGCUGCAGAACGACCCGCGCUACGUGGCCUUCUGCUUCGUGUACAUCCUCAUGGGCCUGACGGUGAUCGGAGCCUUCCUGAACCUGGUGGUGCUUCGCUUCCUGACCAUGAACACGGAGGACGAGUGGAGGGACGCCAAGCAGAAGGCCCUGAUGGCCGUUAAUAAGCCCAGGGGAGAGGGGGCUCGUUUAAUCCCCAUCUCGGCCUCCACCGCCUCCACACCUGUAGCAGACGGCGCCGCCAAGUCCAAAGACUUAAAAGGCGUCUACACUGAGGUGCUGCAUUUCCAGACUAUCUGUUCUUGCCUGUGGUACAGGAGCAGCGAGAAGCUGCAGGCCUCCACCACCACCAUCCCUCAGGAGCUCGCGCUCUCCGAUGCCUACUUGCAGCAGAACAGUAACUGUCCUCACUACAUGGAGCCCGGAUCAACAGGCUGCGUGUGCAGUCCACGUCAGUGCACGAGCAUCAGCUCCAUAACAACGGGCCUACACAUUCUGUCUCCGUUCAGGGUGUUUAAAAGGCGCAGCUCCGUGUAGCAGAGCGCCCGUGCUGCCAGGAGGCCGGCAGGCGGCAAGAAGAUGUCUGUGGUGCUAUGAUCCCCGCGAAGCAACGGGGACGCAACAGGAAAGCACACGGAGAGCUGCGAUGGAACAGGAGCAGAGCAGCACCGAGCGCCGCACCCAGAAGCGUGUGGGCUGAACGCAGGCGUGAAGGGAGUCCGCGUCACGUGUCGGUCAGUGAACACAACGGGUCCGGGAAGAAGAGCAGGUGCUGCCGGGUCCCGUCUGGUUAAUGGCACAAUAAAACAGCUGAGCUGAAUCACGUCCUGCUCAAACAGCUCUGCAGCUCGUCUCACGGUGCGUUGUUAAUAACCUCAAAGGUGCUGAUUCAACUCAGGGUCUAGUUUUUAAAAGCCGUAGUUGGUGUUGAUGCUUGUGCGUCGCUUUCAUGAUUUUGCCCUCAUAGUAUUAGUGACUAACGCAGCAGCACUUAAACAAGUCGUGACUGUCAGAGCUACAAAAGCUGAUGUGACUCAUGUGCAGAGUUUAGUGCUCGCUGCCCAAACGACUGCACCAGCCGCACAAACGGCUGAAUUACAUAACAUCACAUCCACAUAAGUGGAAACGCUCAAAGAACCACGGUAACAUCUCCCAAACUCAGAACCUGCAUAAAACAACCAGCGCUAAGCCUCCACACGCGGCCGAGCGUCAGCGACCUGGCAGCUACGUCUGAACCGCCACCGACUGGGCCUGAUACACGGUGAAGUACUGUCAGCGGUUCUGGGAGGUACAUCGCUUUACCUGCAACUACCCUGAUAAUGUCUGGUCAGUAAACGAUUUAGGGAAUAUACUGAAUGAACAUUAGAUGACAACGUUAGCUACAGCACGGACGUUAGCGUAGUUUAGCUUAGCUUGGCACAAAAGCUGGAAACAUUUUUUAAUUUAGACUAAACUUCAAAAUCAUUUGACAAACACACAUAGGACUAGCUUCCCGGUUGCUGGUUCCCCCUCUGCUUCCUGGGUCAUUAUGUUAUGAUAAGCUAUUGGCUCUCGCUGCUUCGUGCUGUUCCAGUAUUUAUGCUAGAAAACUGUCUACUGCCUUAUAACUUCACUAAAAAUUCACUGAGUAAUAAAAUACGAAGUAAAAAAGACAUAUCGUGACUCAGCAGUGGUAUGGACGACCUCAUCCUACUAACAAUGAAUGAAAAGCUUUUGUCAUUAAUAUUUCUUGACCAGGAAGCAGAGUCAUCUCUGUCCACUUAGCUUCUACUCUGUCAAAUUAAACAUCCAAUAUUCCGAUAUGUAGCUUGCAGAGCAAUCUAAGUCACAUCUGGCUCAAACAGUGGAUGCUAACUAUUUUUAGUAGCAGUCUGUUGUGGCAGAUGGGAGCGGGUUUUCUGUGUUUGGACAACGGAUAAUGCUAGUUGUCACUCACAGGCAAUUAUGCAACAAUAGGCCGCGAGUGUUCCACUGAUGGGAAAGGCGAAAUCCACCCUCAGAGGCUCCUUAUGCUUCUGCUUCUACUUCAGACUUUAGUACUUUCUGUGCCAUGAUGUCACGUGAAGCUACAACAGGAAUCUGAUCCCUUGAAUGGACGUUUCAUACGACCUCACCUGAAUGACUGAGACUCGUCACCGACGUCUUGUUUCCUUCACACUUAAUUUAAACACCUUGUGUGUCAGGGGGAGAUUCUGAUUCUUCAUAUGUGAAGGUGGGUUUGUCUCCUUCUGUCCAGCCAAAGCGAACUGAUCUCUGGUGUCUGUGGAAAAACCUGAUGGCUGUCAUGGGAACGUACCUGCUGCCGUGGACUGAACCUGAUGGAGGUCUUAAGCUCUGUUGCACCAGUGAAACUGGCGAAGCUGGAAAGAAUCGUCAUCAUGCUUUUCUGCUCAAGUGACUUUAACCAUAAGCGACCUGGAAAACAACAGCCUAUUUUAUGCAGGUGCUGUAUGAGGACUAAACCAUGUUAAACCAUGUUGGAUGAUGGGUUGGAUGACUAGUACUUGAAAACUCAAAAAGUACUUGAAAAAACUUUUUAGUGCCAGGAGAUGAAUGUACAAAUUAUUAGUUUGUCUCACAUCACAUCGUCCAUAAUGUUGUUGGACCAUUAUACACUCUGGAAAAUAUUCUCUACAAGCACUUGUUUGUAGUCGAGUUUUGUUCUUUUCUGGAUGCACUGAUCAUGGAAUCAUCAUCUAGAAUGAGUUUGCAGAUAUGAAAUCAGUGUGUGGACGAAGUAUCGGUUGUAGAAGCUGUAGUCGUGCGGUUUCUCCAUUUCUGUGCCGGUUCCCAACAUGUGUCGUGUGAGAAACGCCUGCUGAAUGUAUAGAAAUAACGCUCGGGUCCAGAUGGUUUCCCUCUGGGAAUUCUGACUCAGGUCCAAUUUCUGACAACGUACAGCAGGUUAGUCACUAUGAGGCUGUAUCAUUAUGUCACGCGGUGUUGGAUACAUAUAUAUAUAUACUUUAUUAAAGGAAGACCAGCAUAAAGUGUGUUGAUAAGGUUGUAGUUCACCACAGUUCGUCCAAGAUAUAUUCCUUCAUUUGGUGAAAUUCAGAAGCAAUUCAAAAUCUCCCACAGGAGUUGGCAGCUUUUGUUCUUUGGCUACUACUGUGUCCAGGUUUUACUUUGUUUUAUCAUGUCCACCUCACAUUGUCGUUCAUUAAUGAAGAGGGGGACAAAACCAAAGCUCCAGACCUGAACCACUGGUGCAGGUGGUACUGGGGUUCCACCCCUGGCUUCCCCCAGUACCACCUGCACCUGCAGGUCUGGACCCCAGCGUCCUGUGGAUCCGCCUCUGGCCUGCAGUAACCACAGACAAUGGAGACAGGUACGCUUCCAUUGAAUAAAGCAAUUAUAUGAAGACAAGAAGUGCAUAGUAUGUUUGUAUUAUUAAAUAAAUAAAAUGUCACCAAUCAUUGA